GCAAAUCGAAGGCCGCGUAGUCUGUGCAUCCUGCCCUACGCUCGGUCUUCUGUUAUUGACAUACUGCCAGUCGCUGUCAGUUCAGAACGUCGCCGAGACUGAAAAGCAAAGCAAACUGGAAAGGUAAUCAAUUCAAUAGCUGUAGGCAGUGCAUUUGCAGUUGUCCAUCGUACUACCGGGUUUUCGGCGGAAUCGUGUUAGCAAUACCGUGCUUCAGAUGUAAAGAAAGGGAAAAAGUACCACUCGUAUUUCCUCAGUGGUUGCUAUCUUACGUGCAAGGGCAGAACAAGACAUUCAUCUUACGAGCAUAUAGAACGGGAGGAUGCAAGAAGAAACGAGAACUAGCAUUAAAACGUAGCUUGAAGAAAAAUCUGCAACCGCUCCGUAUCCGGAUAAACAAUUCGUGUAAUGGAAGCAGUAUUGUCCAUUCCAAGCCGCUGCUUGGGCACAAGGAAACAGGUGGUUUAUUGUUGUAGCGUUUGUAAACAUCUCUCAUGUACACUUUGGCAAGAUUAAAGAACCGUUGAGUUAAACUAUAUCCACCGACAGACAUACUGCUAAGUGGCAAUGGAAUUAUUUGCGCACUGGUUUUCCUCUCGCUGUACGUCGCCAAAGCGCUUGAUUGCCUGAUGCAAUCCAAAGAUGUGCGACUGCCGGAUGCCCUCGUAAGCAGACCAAUAGCACCAGCAUCUGCAAGUGACAGAUUUCUGCAGUGAGGUCAGUAGUUGAAACCAUCGUUGGCCGCACAGUAUGCCGGCCGGUCCAUCAUCACCUAGUUGUGCUCUACCAACAAAAGGCUGCCUGUAGGAUACAACGCAUGUCGACAUUUCGUUAGUUAGCAGAUGCAGAAAUGAAAGCAAGCUAACUUUUUUUGGCCAUAUCGUUUGCGCACCAAACUCGAUGGAGGAAAGUUUGCCUUGCGCCCAUGGUGUGGUGAAGAGCGCAUUUUCCUCUCUCUUCCCAGUGUAGUAUUGCGCUGCAUCCUUCGUGAAGUGUAUUUCAACACAUAUUAGAACAAGGAUUGAGACAGGGAGCAGUGGUGAUUGUGGUACGAUAAAUCGUUAAGUGCCUGCAACACGGAUGAAAAUCGAGAUUGUGCCGUCAUCACCUUGAAUGGCGGUAGAACCUGACCCGACCGCUAGGUCACGAAAGUCGCAGUAAGGAUCACCAUACGCUGUUGUAGGCUGUGUGUCUUCAUCAUUGGUUUUUUGUGUCAACCAACACGGCGCCUGUUUUGCCGUACGUGUUCUUUCCACAAAGUCUCUUCACACUCGAGUGUUGUAAGUGAUUGUGCGUCUUGUGCAACCGUGGCACGGCGGUUUUUCGUUGUUAGGUGUAUGUAUAUGUAAUCACGUCACAAAUCGCGACGAAUCCGUUCAACGAUCUCUACCGACAGCAUCCGAAAGAACAUUUCCUCUAAAGAGGUGGAAGAUGCGUUGUUGCCGUUGCUAUAGCUGUUGCUUCUGGUGUUCUACGAUCGUCAGCUUACAUACUCUUAAAGCCUGUAUCUAAAUGCUCCAGUAAAGACAAUCGACGACUUACCGAAGACAACUACAGUGCCCGGAAGAUACCGCUGUAAGUCGCACUAUAAUAUUGGCAGCCAUAGUGGUCAGUGGCGGAGACAAGUUUAUGUUCCAUUGUAGUUCGGCGAGAAAUGUUGAUCAAAAACCAAAACUAAAGCCAACGCCGCCCAGAAGGCGAAAGAAGUCGACGGCAUUAGGAAGUAGGAAGACGGUAAUAAGGAUUCAUCGUGGCCGAGAAGCGCACAGCGUGGAAGGAAGAUUACGUUCGAUUUACUAACAGCGCAACCAGCUGUUGACAUACAGUGUUUGUGCACUGCUCUAGCAGUAGGCUAGUGUUUUUUCUUCUGUCCCUUUCGGUUUCUAGCUCUAUCUCAGUGUUGUUUGUGGCUAACGGUAAUAGCCCCGUGCUAAUUCGUUGUUAUCAUCGUCUGAAUCGUCAACCGAAGUUGGUAAAAGUUGUUUUCAGUGGUGAGAUAUAUACCGAUCGUCACGUGUGCAUAUCGUAGAAAGAAGGUGCUGCGGGAAGCUUUGAAUGAAUAGAGGCGAUGGGAAUAAAGGCGAGCACCGCGAAUGGAGGGCAACAGAGUCCUAGAACUCGUACCUUCUCCACCAGCAGUAGCAGUGAGGUGGUAUCCGGCUCUACAGGUGCGCCAUACGAAAUAUCGUCAGCUAGUCCCGAUCCCGAUAGUAGCUCAGCAGAAGAGAAUGCCGCCGCUAGCGCUUCACUUGCUUUGGGCAGAGUGUAUGCAACAUCACUACCUACUCACAUAUGGUCAUUAAACGGUAUAAAGUGUCCAGUAUGUAGCAAAUUCGUGAUGCCUGACGACAUUGAAUGUCACCUAGUAAUGUGCCUAACAAAGCCCCGUUUAUCGUAUAAUGAGGAUUGCUUAGCGGAUGCGAAAGGUGAAUGUGUUAUUUGCCUAGAAGAUCUGUGUCCUGGUGAUAUCAUUGCUAGACUACCGUGUUUGUGUAUCUAUCACAAAGGAUGCAUCGACAAAUGGUUCGAAGUCAAUCGUAGUUGUCCUGAGCAUCCUGGUGAUUAGUGGCAUUCCACGUCAGCCGAAGAGUGUAAGAGUCUUUGAAUAAAUGCAGCAAACCGUGCGGCUCGCUCUUGCAGUAUGAUUCCUUCGGUAAUGUACUAAUAGCCAAUGUAAGGACAAACUGUCAACGUUUCACAUCGAACUAUGCUGUAAUGGUAUGGAUGGAAAUUCAAUUACUAAUCGAGCGUGCCGUGACAAAGAUUGAGACCGUCAACAAAUGGCUUUUAUGAAGGUUUCACAUAUGUUUCUUGUUUUAUUCGUUUCGUGAGAUUGUUUCCGUAUUUCAACGAUUUUUUACUUUUUGAAUUAACCUAUGUUGAAUCUUUAACCUAUUUGAUGAAUACAAAACAAAUCAAUCCUCAACUGUUAGUACACAUAUUGUCAUAUGUUUAUUUACCCCAAUCUAACGUAGCUGUUAACACUCCUUUGAUAUGAAAAAAAUGAUAAUUGAAGCCAUUUUUUAUACUUUUGUUUCAUUUUAAAUUACUACAUUUUGUCGCAUUGAGUAUAUUUGAGUAUAGUGUGAAUAGUUUAAAGGAAGAUGACGGUCUUAGUUUAUUUUAAACCACAUUAAUCUGCUUAGUAUGUUCUUGUGACGGACGAUCGCAAUGUAAAACCAAAUAAACACGCGGCCGCUCUUUGGUUGAUUAAUGGAUAUCAAUUUGUGAAAUUGCUAGACGAAUUCAUGAAAUUAAGGAACGAACGAGACAAAUUUGAUUUAUACUUAAAUCGAGGCAAAGCACGUUUGUUUAUAUUCUGUAAGAAGGGUUGAAUAAAAUUUGAACGCAGAAAUACAUUAAAGAACAAAGUAAAACUGCGACACACCGAAUAGCUAGAAACAACAUGUCUACCCGAACAACUGUAAAUAAAAUGGUUGGAAAAACAUAAUUCAAUAGUGAUACUGUAUAACAAACAAAGGCAAAAAGCAAUGUCACGAAAUGCAUCUCGAGAAACCGGUCAGUCGAAUUUAUUAUAAGCAAAACAAUCUCACAAAAAGGUGCACUAUUCGUAGCCGAUCAUCGUUGCGAGAUGCAGUCAGCGAGUAGCUUAUAGUCCGAGAACAUGUGAAUAGAAAUGAUUGAGAAUGCAUAAGCUGUGACAAAUGUUGUAAAUAAACAGUGGUGGUGAAUACUGUAAAAAACAUAAGUGAUGGUGCUAAAGCGUAAUUUCAGCAUCUGUUAAAGAUUGUGAAGAACAACUAAAAGUCUUAAUUGGUGUAUUGCUGAUUGACAGCGAUAACAGGGCAGGGCUUUGCUAACCAUUUACCCUCAGUAACUAGCUGUAAUCGUGCAGUACACCGCCAAAAACAGAAUAACGUAAGAGCAUCGAUUACGAUGCCAAUCAAACGUGGGAAAGCGCCGAUUGAAAGCAUAUUCUAGAAAAUAUAGAAAGGAAAUAAUAGCUUUAGACAAAACAAAACAAAAAGGGACCCGUUGCUUGUAAUAAUCAACGUAGAAAACAAUUGAUCGAGAAACAUGCAAAAGAUGUAUGCGGUUCUUAUUUGUAAGAUUAAUGAAAGCAAAAUCUCCGUAUCAACUUAUAGUUUAGACGAGCGCAUAGCCACAUCACUAGAUUUGUUAAAAAUCUGUAAUCCAUUCGGCGAGUUAUAGAAACGGCGAAAAUGUGGGAGAUUGGUGUGAUGACCAUCAAAAAAAUAGUUUAAUCCAAAUAUAAAUAUUUAGUUUGGUUUUGUUUGAUUGUGCGACAUCUUGCGAUGAGAAGAAAUUAGCCUCGUUUUAGAAGAAAAACCGAGAAAAUAAAAAAAGUCAGUAAAAAGUAAAUAAAACAAGGAAAAGGUAGGAAUAGCAAGAGAACAGAAAAGAUCUUGCAGAGUUGUAAAUACACCUAUCAUCGAUACCUAUUUUAGCUACCAACAAAGGAACUAGAAUUGUUAGCUUUACAUAGAUACACAGCUUUUCCAUCUUCAAACAAAAGGAAAACAGAAAAACAAAACAACCUUAUAAACCAUUAAUUUGAAUUUCUAAGUUCGGAAGAAGCGUCGAAGAAGGUGAACCUUUAAAGUCACUUCCAUUUAUAUAAGUGACUCAAGUUACUCUACAAAUCCAGUCAAAGCAAGCCCAUAUUUAGGAAAGUUUUUUUUCUUCACAAAACUUACAAAUCCCUUUUCUUGGGACCCCUUAAAAUUACAAAUAUCUAGCGGGGCACAUUUCUUGUACCGGUUACAUAUAUUAUGGUUCCAUCACAAACACUUUCGUUAUGAGUACUGUUAGUUGAUACGUUUUAUUUGUAAGUAUUAAGUCAAUCGAUAAGUGCAGUGAUCUUGCAAAGCCACAUGCAGUUUGAAGGACACCAUUCUGCAGUAAACGUAUGUUGCUGGAAGCAUGAGCAAAGUGACCAACAAUACUAGGCUAGCAGAACAGCUACUUUAGUCACUAAUGUUCGCCUCUCACACAUAUUCACUUAUCGCUGCUUCACAUUUCUGUUAUUAAAUAUGUAUUUGUCCUUUUUCCCUUCGCGUUGACAAGCCAAUGCUCCAGUCGAAGUAUAAAUAUUCCUUGAUUCCUUAUUUGCUUCACGACGUAUUCAAUUGAUUUCAUGGUUUACAUAUUUACAUAAAGACAAAUUGAAUGGUUUACAUAUGUUUGAAGUCAGUUUUAACAAGGUUUUUUUACUACAAGCAGAGGUUAGGACUGCGUACGUAGUAAUGAUGUGUUAGCUCAAACGAUCAGGCAGAAAAUAUAUGCAUGCAAAGUUUAUAUCGCGAGGCCAUGCAGCAUAUUAGGAAAAUUCAAUCAACUGGAGCCUAUCGUACAUAAUGUGUCACAUAUAGUGAAUAUCAAAAAGAUAAAACUUUUAAACGAAUCAAGUGACAACGAAAUAAUACAACAGCGAUGGCGAACAAAAGUAUAGCAUAUUGGAUUUAUUUAUUUUCGAUUCAAAUCAUUUUUAAUUACCUCAGCAUUCAGCAGAUACACAAGGAAUAAGAAUCAAGGAAAGAACAAAAGUAAAAUGAUUGCAUUCAUGUAAUCGACAUAAAAUAAAAUAUACAUAUAAAAGAGAUAAUAACAAAAAUAUUAGCUAUACACGAGGGUAAAACAAUAGCUAUGACAUUGAUAGGGUUUAUUAAUAUGAUGCAGUGAAAACGAAUCCUGAGACGAAAAAAAUCUUUAUAUCAACAAUUCUUAUAACGAGUCAUAGGACGGUGAGGCUAAAAUAUGUUCAUGCUCCUAAAAAAAUGUGGGAUGUGGGACAUAGAAUGUGUUAGAGUAAUGCGGAAGGCGCAACAAAAAUGUACUAGAAACAACAAAAAAAGAAAUUGUGUCCAAGGAUGCGGAAGAACAUGUGUGACGAAAUCUUAAUCUGUGAUUACUAUUGAGACAAUUUAAAAACAUCCAUACUACGUUCGUAAACUUUUUGUUUAACAUCAACAUCAAAUUCAAAUUGAUGUUUUGAACUUUUUCAAAUAUCUAUUAUUAAUUAUCUCGUAUACCUUGUUCAAUAUUGAAAAACUAAAAUAAUAAUGUUCAACUAGUGACUCAGUUUGCACUUGUUUUGUUGGGUGAUCGCUCCAUAAUUUGUUUUAGUUUUCCCCGGAACCGUGCUUUUCAAACGUCUGCUAUAAAUUAUCCAUAUUUGGUAAAAAAUUAAAAAAAAAAUAAAAUGGCAACAAACACACACAUUAUAUUAAAAUAUUAGUGGUUGAAAAUUGAAAAAUGGUGCAAAAUGUGAGACUACUGGAGCAGUAUUGGUUGGAAAAUAGGAAUAUGAAUGAACAAAAUUGAAAACAAAGUAGCAUGACGCAGGAUGAAAACGAGAUCAUUAGUGUCGUCGUCAAACUGCAAUGAUAAAAAUUAAAAUAUUGUGUAGCGAAAUGGAAAUCGCAGAGAAUAAAAAAACAUCAAUUAUCCAUCUAUGUAUAUGUAUGUGAGCAUAUAAAAGUUUUACCCGUAAAAGAAAAUAAAAGAGAACG